GAUUUGAUAAGAUUUCAAAGAAGUGCCCUUCAGUGAUCCCACGUUAUUACAGACAAGCUAAAUGCAAAUUAGAUUUGUCUUCUCAAUCCUAUAUAAAUAAAGCCUCUCUCUUUCUCUUCUUUCUGCAGAGAGAGAUGGAGAGGGGAGAGAGAGGACACGUACUGGCAGUGCCGUAUCCGAGCCAAGGCCACAUAACACCGAUUCACCAAUUCUGCAAAAGACUUGUCUCAAAAGGCAUGAAAACCAGUCUCGCCCUCACCAACUUCAUCCACAGUUCCAUCAAAUCUGACCCUUCUCCCUUCGUUCCCUUGGAAACCAUCUCCGACGGCUACGACAGCGGCGGUUUCAUGGCCGCCGAAAACAUCCACGACUAUCUCCACCGCCUCCGUUCCGUCGGAACCGAAACCCUAGCCCAACUCAUCAGAAAACACCAGAGUUCCGACAACCCCAUCACCUGUCUUGUCUACGACCCUUUCUUGCCCUGGGCUUUUGAAGUCGGCAGAGAAUUCGGUUUGACCGUCGCCCCUUUUUUCACUCAGUCUUGCGCUGUUAACUAUGUAUAUUACCUCGCCCAUCAAGGCAAGCUGCGGCUUCCCAUUGAUGGGUUGAGCUUCCUUGAGCAACAAGAUAUCCCUUCGUUUAUUUCUGUUCCUGGGUCUUACCCUGCCUACUUCGAGAUGGUUCUGCAUCAGUUUUCCAACUUCCAUAAAGCUGAUUUUGUCCUCUUUAAUGUCUUUCAAAAACUGGAAGUUGAGGAGACGGAGUUGAUGUCUAAAGUCUGUCCAGUCAUGACAGUGGGCCCAACCGUGCCGUCCAUGUACCUAGACCGACGUAUCGAAACCGAUAACAACUACGAUCUGAUGCUAUUCGACAUGAAAGACUCGGAGUUCUGCACCGAAUGGCUGAACGAGAAACCACAAGGGUCGGUUGUGUAUGUGGCCUUUGGAAGCAUGGCCGACCUUAGCAGAGCACAAAUGGAGGAGCUUGCUUGGUCUCUAAGCAACUUCAGUUUCUUGUGGGUUGUCAGAGGUUCAGAGGAGGCAAAGCUACCGUCUGGUUUCUUACAGACAGUGGACAGAGACAAGAGCUUGGUCGUGAAGUGGAGUCCUCAGCUUGAGGUGUUAUCAAACAGAGCAAUCGGAUGUUUUGUAACUCACUGUGGAUGGAACUCGACAAUGGAGGCAUUGAGUUUGGGGGUUCCAUUGGUGGCGAUGCCACAAUGGACGGACCAACCCACGAACGCAAAGUACAUAGAAGAUGUGUGGAAGGUUGGGGUUCGUGUGAAGGAAGAUGAAGAGAGUGGGAUUGUGAGGAGAGAAGAGAUUGAGUUCUGUAUAAGACAAGUAAUGGAAGGAGAGAAGAGCAGAGAGGUGAAAGAGAAUGCAAAGAAAUGGAGAGAUUUAGCCAUGGAAGCUGUCGGAGAAGGAGGCACUUCUGAUGUCAAUAUUCAGACAUUGGUUUCAAUGGUUAAGUCCUUGAAGCAGAAGCCGAGCCUGCAAGCAUCAUGAAAAUACAAAACUCAACUGAGCUUUAUUUUUAUGUUUCAUGACAUAUGCGAAUCACUUGUAAUUAAGUAUUUACUGUUUUGAUGAUUAUGAACCCUUUUCAAUGCCGUUCUU